GUUCCAAGUGUAAUAUGCCCCUUCGCUCUCCCUUAACAAGGUUUCGACACUGAAAAGGCACUGUCUUUUAUCGCUCUCUUUGAGCCAUACCGAGCCAAUCAACAAACAGAAGCCAGCCAAAGCAUGGCCUCGCCAACGGAUUCCCCGCACCAGCAACACCACAGCAACCUCACCAACUUCCUCCAGACCACCACCACGUCUAUCUUCUCUCUCCUCUCCUCUCCCAAAACGACGCCGCACCUUCCCCCUUCCAAAAUCUCCACUCCUUUCCUAUUCGCCGACGCUCCCCUCCACCUGUCUCCCUCGCCCUUCGAGUCAACUCAGCCCGACUCCGUCUCUUCUAAAUCCGCAAUCAAGGGCGUCUCUUCAGCCGAGUCAAGCUCCGGCUUCCCCUCAACGGUCAGGAUUGCGGGACUCACUUCCAGUGGCAAGGCUGGUGGCCCCGCGUUCGUGGGCCAAGUCUUUAGCAUGUGCGAUCUUUCAGGGACCGGUCUUAUGGCGGUUUCAACUCACUUCGAUAUUCCCUUCAUUUCCAAGAGAACACCGGAGUGGCUUAAGAAGAUAUUUGCAAACAUUACUAAGAGCGAAAGGAAUGGCCCUGUUUUCCGUUUUUUCAUGGAUUUAGGUGAUGCAGUUACGUAUGUCAAACACCUCAAUAUUCCCAGCGGCGUCGUGGGCGCUUGUCGUCUUGAUUUGGCAUAUGAGCAUUUCAAGGUAAUGCUAAAUUGAUUCAACUGGAGCCCCUUCAUGUAUAUUGGAUGUGAAUUGUUGCUGGAUUCAGGGGCGGAGC